CAUAAGAACAUUCAAUUUAAAAGCAUAUGCUUUGCUUAUUUCCCAUAGGAAUUAAGAAUGAUCUAGGCUGCAUAAAGAAGAUGAUGACAGCCACACAGUUCAAAAAUAAGCUCCUAGAAGACCUCAGAAUCUACAAGCCCCAUGCAGACUUGGUUUCAAAAAUUCGUAUUCUCCUCCUGGGUCCAGUUGGUUCUGGAAAGUCCAGUUUUUUCAAUUCAGUGAAGUCUGUUUUCCAUGGCCACACAACUCGCCAAGCCCCAGUAGGAUCUGAUAACACUAGUAUUACUGAACAGUAUAGGAUAUAUCCUGUUAAAGAUGGAAAAGAUGGACAAUAUCUUCCAUUUAUGUUGUGUGAUUCCAUGGGGUUGGAUGAGACAGAUGAUGAAGGACUAUGCAUGGAUGACAUACCCUACAUCUUAAAAGGCUGUGUUCCUGACAGAUACCAAUUUCAUCCCUUUAAUCCAAUCACACCCAAGCAUCCUACUUUUAUCACCUCUCCGUCACUGAAGGACCGGAUUCACUGUGUGGCUUAUGUCUUAGACAUCAACUCUAUUAAGAGUCUCUCCUCUGAAAUGGUAGCAAAGCUCAAACAAAUUCAUGAAGAAGUAUUAAAAUGUGGUGUAGCACAUGUAGCCUUACUUACUAAAGUGAAUGAUUGUGAUGAAGUUCUUCAAGACAACUUUCUAAACAUGUCAAAAAAGAUGACUUCUUGGAACCAGGUAAUGUUAAUCAACCAAAUGCUCGGCAUUCCUCUUUCUAAUAUCUUGAUGGUUAGAAAUUAUGAUUCAGAGCGGGAGCUGGACCCUAUGAAGGAUGUUCUGAUCCUCUCUGCACUGAGGCAGAUGCUGCGGGCUGCAGACGACUUCUUGGAGGACUUGCCUCUUGAGGAAACUGAUGAAAGUUCAUAAUUGUUUAAAUUCUCCCAGUGAAAUUAGCUGCCUGGAUUCUGACUCUUGGCACAACUCUAGACUGGGAUGCCCCAGUCCAUCUGUUCAUGACCUUCUUCACAUCUGCUGUUGCUCCUGAUUUGCCUUCUGCCCUAGACAACAUCUAACUGAUGGCUGAUAGGAUCAGUCACUCCUCAGACCAACCCAAAGGUCGAUCCUUGAGAAGUGGUGUCCCAAGAUAUGUCCUGCCACAAACCUACUCUCCAUGUUUCUGAACCAUUUACAAUUUAGUAUCUGUGACACUUUUCUCACCCUUCUCAGGCAAAAUCCUUACUUACUCAUCUACAGCACUUUAUGCAACUAUAUGAGUUCUGAUCACAUUGAAUACUGAUUAUAAAGUGAUUAGAUAGAUAUCUACUUUUCUAUAUAUAUUGUGAGUUCUUUGAGAAACAGGGUUUGGGUUUUGUCUCUUUGUAUUCACAGAGCUUAGCAUAGUACCUGAUAAUACACAAGCAUACCCGUGAUAACUCUUCUCUCCUAUCCUCUCCAGAGUAACAUUUACUUUAAAUAUUUCUCCAUAUAGAUGGGAAGGCAAAGAGAAUGAAAGGCUGAAGAGAACAAAUGGAAAUACCAGGGGGAAAGUAUUUUACUUGUCUCUGGAUGAAAAUAUGAAUCUCUAAAUAAUUUAAUGUAAAUUAAAAAGAGCCUGUAUUUCUUAACAAGUUAGUGUUUUAUUUCUGUGAAAAAAUAAAGUUUCUUCCUCAAAUGAUAA